AACUGCUUAGUUAGCUGUCCACUCGUUUUUUUAUUCAUUUUCCCUUGCUUUGUUUAUUUAGUUAUCCCCAGCAGUACCCCUGAGAAUUUAUUUUCUCUGGAUUAUCUUUUUCUCCAACUGCUUCACAUUUGAAUUUCUCCGGUAAUUAUCUCGGUGGGGAAAUUCCAGAUUCUCAAAGCGUCAAUACAUGCCUCCCAGUAAAUUCCGAGCUAUUUCGGGUACAUUAAUGCCGGAAGAGAUCUGAGGUUAAGGUUUUGUUUUGUCAUAGCCAGCGAUCUGGGUGUUUGGUUUUCUUGCAGCGAAAGGAUCGAAGGUGUUGUUCUGUUAUUUUUCUUGCCUUUGGUAAGACGCCAUUGGAAAGGGAAAAAAAAAGUAGAAAAAGGAUACAAACAAGGCGAAGAAGAACCAGGGUCUUCCAGUUCAGUUUCAUUUGUCGUCGUAAACACGCGUGGCCGUAGGAAUUGGACUCGUAAUAUGUCCGUCCUUUAACUACCUUGUUUUUUUGUCUGAAAACUGUUUUUCUAUAUGAUUUCUGUUACAGAGAUCGCUCACUUUCAGUCUUCGUAGAGAUCUAAAACGAAUCUCACUCUCCCUUGUCUUCGUAAAUAUUUUUCGUUUACUAUUAAAAAAAAUGAUGCGAAUGAAGACUAAAACGACAGCGCUGCCGACAGCGGCGGCGGCGACACACGGCAGCUCAGCCUCUGGCGGUGGAGGUGAACCGGCCGCCCGUGAAUGGGAGCUUAGACCCGGAGGCAUGUUGGUUCAGAAGCGAACUCCAGAUUCCGAUCGAAUCUCAAUCCCACCACCGACUAUUAGAGUUAGAGUCAAAUAUGGUUCCAUCUACCACGAAAUCCACAUCAACUCGCAAGCUACAUUUGGGGAAUUGAAGAAGAUGUUGACCGGACCAACCGGAUUACACCAUCAAGAUCAAAAGCUGUUAUACAAAGAUAAAGAGAGGGAUUCGAAGGCGUUUCUGGAUAUGGCGGGUGUGAAGGACAAAUCCAAGAUUGUUCUAAUCGAAGACCCGAUUAGUCAAGAAAAACGAUUAUUGGAGAUGAGAAAGAAUGCUAAGAUGGAGAAGGCUUCAAAAUCCAUCUCCGAAAUCAGCUUGGAAGUCGAUAGGCUCGCCGGCCGGGUUUCGGCUUUUGAAUCAAUCAUUUCAAAGGGUGGGAGAGUAGGUGAGAAAGAUGUGGUCAAUUUGAUUGAGCUUUUGAUGAACCAGUUGCUCAAAUUAGAUGGGAUUAUGGCUGAUGGAGAUGUCAAAUUGCAAAGAAAAAUGCAGGUCAAAAGAGUUCAAAAAUACGUUGAAACAUUGGAUACGUUGAAGAUAAAAAACUCUAUGCCAAGCAACAAUGGACAGCAAUGUAAGCAUUCGGGUUCGGAAGGGGUUGUGGUUACAACGAAUUGGGAGACGUUUGAUUCUUCACCGGCGUUGUUGGCGGUCUCCUCGACAUCUACCUCGAAAGCCAAUAAUUCAGUCCAGCCAAAGUUCCCUUGGGAGUUCUUUGACUAAGCCAUUGUCUGUGUUACUUUACUGUGUGCGUUGGAUGUGGUUUGCAAUCUUUUUCUUCUUUUGGUACGUGCUUCAUUCUUUAUGUGCUUAUAUUUUUAUUGGGCAAAUCCCCCCUUUGUGUUAAACCUCUCAUUUAGUUCACGAAAAUAAAUGGGGGCCUUCCACCACAGUUAUGAUUAUAGUAAAAAAGGAACUGCUAAUUCUCCCCAUUUUUAUUCA